CGCUUUUCUCUGUAUACUUUUUUCUUGUCCCAGCUGAUCGUGCUUGCUAGUGGGGAAGAUCGCAUAGGUAUCCAACAUGGAGGUCGCUGGCGGGGUCCUCUCCCUCACAUGGGAUGUUUUUGACAGUGCUGUCCGCAGUAAGUCGAGACCUCCCGAUAGCUACACCAACCAAGUAAGCAUGCUAACUCCCCCCAGUCUUCAAGUUCGUCACUGCUCUAGUUGAGAUGCCAAGAGAAUAUGAACAAUACAGGUUGCAGCUCAUCAUCGAGUACAACCGAGUGUUGGCUUGGGGGAAAGCAGCUGGCCUGAUUGAUGUCCCAGAGGGUUCCAGUUUGGGAAUUACUCUGGGAUCCGACGCGAUCGAACUCGUUGCAAUUGUGGCCCGGAUUCAGUGGUUGCUAUCUGAAUUUAGAGAGCUCAACGCUCGCUAUGGCAACGAGCUGCCGAGGCCUGCCAAGGACGGCGAUAAAGGAGACGAGAAGCGAGAGGAAGAGCAGCCUACUGACGUCGAUGUUCUGAAAGAGAUAUCGAGCCUGGCCGUCUCAUAUGAGUCGGAGAAGAAAGAGCGUCGGCAUGCUCGCGGGACCAACCAUAUUCGGAACUUCUUUGGGAAGACUGGCCACCACACCAAAGAUAUCAUCACCCAUCCGGUCCGAGUUCGGUGGUUGGCGAUCGACGGGGAGGCAUUCGAGGCUCUUCUGAAGGAUCUCCACGCCCUGACGGAACGGCUCCAUGAACUCAUGAGAAAUUAUCGCGAGAAGCAAAUUGAUGGCAUCACGGCCAAAACCUACAGGGAGAUGAUCCUAACGAGGAACAGCGUCGACGACUUGAAAGACAUGUUAGGCGCGGUCACGAGCCUGAUAUCCACGUCAGCAGGUACUCGCAAAGAGAAAGAGGCCCAUCUGAACGACAAGACUCUCCAGGACCUCAUCCAGCUCAAGAAGCUCAGUCGUACUUCGGAGACGAUCCUCGCUCAACUCAAGCGUGACAGCACCUUCGACGUCGAACGGAGCCUAUCCGACCUCGGCAUCAAAGUCCCCAAGUUCACCGACUCAGAUCUCACCGAAGAGUUCGAGUGGAAUGAACAAGAAACCGACAAUCCCGAGUACCUCCCCCGGCCACGGGGAAUCCUCUCGACGGGCGAAGGCGACAUACCGGUCUGGAUCGAGUGGAAAUCCCUCGGCGACAUCCCGCCCAACUCGCUCAAAGACAAAGAAGCCGCCCUGCGCACGGUAGCCCUGGCCGAGAUGCUCCAUCUGCCCAAGCCGGCCUCCCUCCAUGCGCCCGAAUGCGUUGGCUACUUCGACGACCGCGAAUCAUCGGGGGCGGACCGCUACGGCUGGCUGUUCAAAAUGCCCGAGGGCAGCGACUACGACACGCGCGUCGUCUCGCUGCACGACCUCCUCGGCGAUCAGCGCUUCAAGCCCAGCCUGUCGCAGCGCAUGUCGAUGGCGUCGAAGUUGUGUUCGACGGUCCUGAACCUGCAUGCUGUCAAUUGGCUGCACAAGGGCAUCUUCAGCGACAAUGUCGUUUUCCAUUUCAACGGGGAGGAGGACGGCAGUGGCGAAGCUGGCCUGAGCUACGACCCUGAAAGGCUCACCCUGUCCGGCUUUGAGUUCUCACGCCCCGAUGGGACUGAAACUACGGCUAGGGACGUGGACGUCGUCUGGGACUUGUACCGCUGGCCCGGCAUCCAGCGGCAGAGGCCGACGGAGAGGAACUCCAAGAAGACGUAUGAUUUGUACAGUCUGGGGUUAGUCCUAUUGGAGAUUGCCCAUUGGGAGAAGUUGUACAAGGUGAUGUGUCUGGGGGACAAGACGCCGGAUAGCAAGGAGGGCGCCAAGGUGCCUCACGUACCGCUUGGCAAGUCCAAAUCUGUGAGGGAUUGGUUGUUGGGGGUCAAGUCGGGAGCACCAUUUGAGGCAGCCGGCCAGCCGAACCCGCUAAGGGAGCUGCGCAAUCUCGCCGGGGAUAGAUAUUGGAAAGUGGUUGAAAGGUGUCUCUGGGCGCAUGGUGAGAAGGGAUUCGGCGUGGAAGAGCUGGCGGAACAGUCCAAUGAUUCUGAGGUGGGCAUAAAGUUGCAGGAGGCAUUCACGGAGCAUGUAGUUGAGGAGUUACAAGCUGUGGAGAUUUAAGAGAUAGGUAGUCGCCGAUAGCCGGGAGAGUUGCGCACACCGGCC